CGGAAAGCCUGGAUGGACACAGCAGGAGUUCACCAUCGAUUGCCCAGGCCGACUGGAUUCCUCCGCUGUUCCCGGGUGAAUCUGUGUGGGGGACCUGAAGGCCACACUGACCCUAUGAAAGGCAAGGAGGAUUUUGCCAGAUGAUUAAAGGAGGAGUGACCUUUCAGUAACAGCCGCCGCCGCCGCCGCCGCCAGGAGCCCGGACCCGGAGCGAGAGCCGCGGGGUACAGCCGGCCCGGCUGCCGGACGGCUCGGCCCCACCAGGUGAACGGCCAUGGCGGGCUGGAUUCAGGCCCAACAGCUGCAGGGAGAUGCGCUGCGCCAGAUGCAGGUGCUGUAUGGGCAGCACUUCCCCAUUGAGGUCCGGCACUACUUGGCACAGUGGAUUGAGAGCCAGCCAUGGGAUGCGAUUGACCUGGAUAAUCCCCAGGACCGAGCCCAGGCUGCUCAGCUCCUGGAGGGCCUGGUGCAGGAGCUGCAGAAGAAGGCAGAGCACCAGGUGGGGGAAGAUGGGUUUUUACUGAAGAUCAAGCUGGGGCACUACGCCACGCAGCUCCAGGAUACGUAUGACCGCUGCCCCAUGGAGCUGGUCCGCUGCAUCCGGCACAUUCUGUACAAUGAACAGAGGCUGGUCCGAGAAGCCAACAAUGGCAGCUCUCCUGCUGGGGUGCUGGCUGACACCAUGUCCCAGAAGCACCUUCAGAUCAACCAGACAUUUGAGGAGCUGCGACUGGUCACACAGGACACAGAGAAUGAGCUGAAGAAGCUGCAGCAGACUCAGGAGUACUUCAUCAUCCAGUACCAGGAGAGCCUCAGGAUCCAGGCUCAGUUUGCCCAGCUGUCCCAGCUGAGCCCCCAGGAGCGUCUGAGCCGGGAGACGGCCCUGCAGCAGAAGCAGGUGUCCCUGGAGGCCUGGCUGCAGCGUGAGGCCCAGACGCUACAGCAGUACCGCGUGGAGCUGGCCGAGAAGCACCAGAAGACCCUGCAGCUACUGCGGAAGCAGCAGACCAUCAUUCUGGACGACGAGCUGAUCCAGUGGAAGCGGCGGCAGCAGCUGGCUGGGAAUGGCGGGCCCCCCGAGGGCAGCCUGGACGUGCUGCAGUCCUGGUGUGAGAAGUUGGCCGAGAUCAUCUGGCAGAACCGGCAGCAGAUCCGCAGGGCUGAGCACCUCUGCCAGCAGCUGCCCAUCCCCGGGCCAGUGGAGGAGAUGCUGGCCGAAGUCAAUGCCACCAUCACAGACAUCAUCUCAGCCCUGGUGACCAGCACAUUCAUCAUCGAGAAGCAGCCCCCUCAGGUCCUGAAGACCCAGACCAAGUUUGCAGCCACCGUGCGCCUGCUGGUGGGCGGGAAACUGAAUGUGCACAUGAACCCCCCCCAGGUGAAGGCGACCAUCAUCAGCGAGCAGCAGGCCAAGUCCCUGCUCAAGAACGAGAACACCCGCAAUGAGUGCAGUGGGGAGAUCCUGAACAACUGCUGCGUGAUGGAGUACCACCAGGCCACUGGUACCCUCAGCGCCCACUUCAGAAACAUGUCACUGAAGAGGAUCAAGCGUGCUGACCGGCGGGGUGCGGAGUCUGUGACAGAGGAGAAGUUCACUGUCCUGUUUGAGUCUCAGUUCAGUGUUGGCAGCAAUGAGCUUGUGUUCCAAGUCAAGACUCUGUCCCUCCCAGUGGUAGUCAUUGUCCAUGGCAGCCAGGACCACAAUGCCACAGCCACCGUGCUAUGGGACAACGCCUUUGCUGAGCUGGGCAGGGUGCCAUUUGCCGUGCCUGACAAAGUGCUGUGGCCGCAGCUGUGUGAGGCGCUCAACAUGAAAUUCAAGGCCGAAGUGCAGAGCAACCGAGGCCUGACCAAGGAGAACCUCGUGUUCCUGGCACAGAAACUGUUCAACAGCAGCCACAGCCACCUCGAGGACUACAACAACAUGUCCGUGUCCUGGUCCCAGUUCAACAGGGAGAACCUGCCAGGCUGGAAUUACACCUUCUGGCAAUGGUUUGAUGGGGUCAUGGAGGUACUGAAGAAGCAUCACAAGCCCCAUUGGAAUGAUGGGGCCAUCCUCGGUUUUGUGAAUAAGCAGCAGGCCCAUGACCUACUCAUCAACAAGCCAGAUGGGACCUUCUUGUUGCGCUUUAGCGACUCAGAAAUUGGGGGCAUUACCAUUGCCUGGAAGUUUGACUCCCCGGACCGCAGCCUGUGGAACCUCAAACCAUUCACCACACGGGAUUUCUCCAUCAGGUCCCUGGCUGACCGGCUGGGCGACCUGAGUUAUCUCAUCUAUGUGUUUCCUGACCGCCCCAAGGAUGAGGUCUUCUCCAAGUACUACACUCCUGUGCUUGCUAAAACACCUGACGGAUACGUGAAGCCACAGAUCAAGCAAGUGGUCCCUGAGUUUGUGAAUGCAUCUGCGGAUGCCGGGGCCAACGCCACGUACAUGGACCAGGCGCCCUCCCCAGCCGUGUGCCCCCAGGCUCACUAUAACAUGUACCCACAGAAUCCUGACCCCGUCCUUGAGCAGGAUGGAGAAUUUGACUUGGAUGAGAGCAUGGACGUAGCCCGGCAUGUGGAAGAGCUCUUACGCAGACCCAUGGACAGUCUUGGCCCCCGCCUCUCCCCUCCUGCUGGCCUCUUCACUCCUGCCAGAGGCUCCCUCUCAUGAAUUUUCAAAUCCCAUGCUUCUCCUGGGAAACAACAUUCAAUGUGA